GAAAAAAACUGAAGAUCUAUAUUUAGAUGAAAUGCAGGAUGGAGGAAGUAUUCUUUGGGAACUGGAUAAGGAAGGUUUUCCAAGACUGAAGCAUCUUCACCUCAAUAAUAGUCCUAAGAUUCGAUACAUUGUGAAUUCUAUGGAGGAGCCAUGGUUUAGUUCAAAUGCUUUUCCAGUUUUAGAGUCAUUGUUUGUCCAGAAUUUGAUCAACCUUGAGAAGAUAUGUCAUGGGAAACUUAGAGUGGGAUGUUUCAGCAAAUUAAGAAAAGUAAAAGUGGGAAAUUGUCAAAAACUGGAGAGGCUAUUCCCUUUGUCCGUUUUCAAGAGCCUUCUGCAACUUGAGGAAAUUGAAAUUACGGAUUGUGAGAACAUAGCAGGGAUUGUCACGGAGGAAAGAGUGGUUCCUUCUGUUGAUAAUGAAACAUCUGAGAUUGAGCUUCGUCAAUUACGGUCCUUGACCCUACAAAAUCUACAGAAACUCGUUAGCUUCCACUACAAGGAACAACUGUCUCCAACAUUUCAAAGUAGAACAUCAAAUUCCAUGCUACUUUUGGAUGAAAAGAUUCUGUUCCACAGUUUGGAAGACUUGAAAUUGUCAUCCGUGAACAUAGCAAAGAUAUGGCCUGACCAAUCCUCAGCAGUAGCUUCUUGCCUAAAGAAGCUGAAAACCUUGACUUUGGAGGGUUGCGACAAUUUAAAAUAUGUGUUUUCAUCAUCUAUGGUUAAAAAUAUUCUGCAACUCAAAACACUUGUAGUACGUGAUUGUAAGUCGGUGGAAAAGAUCAUAGUAACAGAAAGGUUACAUGAUGAAAGAAACAUGAAUGAAUUGUUCUUCCCUGAACUAUAUGACCUGAGGCUUGAAAAUCUUCCCCAACUUACUGGAUUUUGUGCUAGAAGUUUAACUGACUUUCCAUCCUUGAGAUGGUUGGUGAUAAAGAAAUGCCCUGAACUGGAGUCAUUUACCUCCAACACUGCAAGGGAUCAGAGAAUAUUGGCAGCAGAAUCUCAAAGAGAAGCAAUACCUCUCUUUAAUGAAAAGGUCAAGCUACCCAACUUAGAGAGAUUAUUAAUUGAGGAGAUGGAUAACUUGGAAAAACUAUGGAACAGCCAACUCGCCCCAGAUGCUUUCUCCAAACUAGAUUACUUUGCAGUAUGGAACUGCAAAAAACUAUUAACUGUCUUUCCAUCUAAUAUGAUAAACAGGCUCCAGAGAUUAGACCGGAUGCGGGUACAUCUCUGCCCCUCAUUAAAAUCAAUAUUUGAACCUCUAGGGGCUGAGCAUCCGGAAUCAAGAUCAGCAAUCCCCAAGUUUGUAUUUCCUCAAGUAACGGUCUUGGAGAUUUGGGACAUACCAGAACUCAGAAGUAUAUACCCUGGAAUGCAUACUACAGAAUGGCCAUUGCUGAAAAGAAUGCACUUACAUGGGUGUGACAAAGUGAAUGUAUUUGCUUCAGGAGCUCCUUGGUUUCUACAAACACAAAGAGGUGAGCAAACAGAGAUUUCAAAUCAACAACCUCUCUUCCUGGUUGAUGAGGAGACCUUUCCUAACCUGGAGGAGUUGAAGUUGCAGAGAAUUGAUGCCAUUACAGAGAUAUGGCAUGGAAAAUUUUCAGCCGCAUACUUAUGCAAAUUAAAAGUUCUUGAACUGACAGACUUUCUUAAGAGACCUAUCCUUCCUUCCCUCAGUUUCAUUCAGUUACUACCAGCUCUUGAAAAGCUUAAUAUUAGUGAAGCCCCUUUUGAGUCCAUAUUUCAAUCUAGAGAGUGUGCUAGGGAUGAAAUGCUUGCAGGGAGACUGACUAAGUUAAGUGAAUUAAAGUUGUCUAAACUCCCUGAUUUAAAGCAUCUAUUGAAGGAGGAAGAUGAACCCGGCCUUGUUCUUCCAUGCUUAAGGCCUGAACAAGUAGAGUCGAUAACAUUCAAGAAUCUGACAGUUCUCGAGGUAUCAAAAUGUGGUAGAUUAGUAAGUUUAGUGAGACAGUGUACAGCCAGGAGCUUAGUCCAACUCCAAAAGCUAAGAAUAUCUGAUUGUGAAAUGAUAGAAGGAAUCAUAGUUUACCUUGGGGGUGAAGUUAAAGACGGGAUUGUAUUAAAAAAAUUGAAAUCUUUAGAACUUCAUUGUUUACCAAGUCUUGGAAGUUUCUGCUUCGGAGAUUACCCUCUCGAAUUUCCAUCCUUGGAAGAAGUUAUCAUCAGAGGAUGCCCAAGGAUGAAGUUCUUCUCUCAGGGAGCCUUGAGCACGCCAAAUCUGCAGAGAGUACAGUUGACUGAAGGAGACAAUGAAGGGAACUGGAAUGGUGACCUUAACACCACCAUAAAACAGAUGUCCUCAGAGAUGGUUGGAUAUAACAGCUUAGAGCAUUUGAAGCUCUCAAUGUUCCCAGAGUUGGUGGAAAUGUGGAGUAGGAGCCCAUCAAUACCUUUCAACUUCAAAACCCUGAAAUUCCUGGAAGUCCAAAACUGUAACAACUUGAGGUACCUAAUGUGUCCCUCCAUGAUACAUAGCCUAGAUCAACUGGAAGAGUUGAAAAUAGAGAACUGCGCCCUGAUGGAAAAUGUAAUUACCGCAGAAGAUGCUGGGGAAAUUACAGGAGUUAAAUUGGCCUUCCCUUUGCUUAACUCCAUUUCUCUUGAGUCUUUGCCCAACCUAACAAGUUUCUGUUUGGGAAGCAAUGAUCUUGAAUGUCUAUCCUUGGAAAAGAUUACCAUCAGGAACUGCCCCAAAUUGAUCACAUUCUCUUCAGUGUUCCUAAAGGAGCAAGAUCUAGGGGUCACUGGUGAUGGAAACAUUGAAAGUUCUAGCAACGGAGAUGCUGAUAACCCUGUUACAUCACUUUUCAGGGAGAAGGCUGUGCUCCCUAAGCUUAAGGAAGUCGUCAUCUCGCAUAUAGAUAACCUGGAACAGAUAUGGAACAACUACAUUUCAGCAACCUCCUUGUCUGAGCUAAAGAUAGUGAAAGUCCAAAAUUGUCCAAAGCUAUCAACAGUUUUCCCAGCUGUUGCAGCUAGAAGUCUUCUGCAACUUGAGCAACUUCUGAUAGGGUACUGUGGAGUGGAGUACAUUGUUUCAAAACUUGAAGGAGACGAAACUGCAUUCCUUAACUUUGUGUUUCCUCAAGUAUCAUCGGUAGAGCUUAGGACUUUGCCAGAGCUCAAAAGUUUCUACCCAAGUAAGCAUACUACUGAAUGGCCAAAGUUAAAAAGACUGGAUGUGUACCACUGCGAGAAACUAUGGCUAUAUUCUCCAGAAUACGCAAUCCAAUCAUACGAAGACGGUAGACUUAAUGUCCCAGACCUGCAAAUGCCUCUUGUGCUGGUUGAAAAGGUCCUUCCCAACUUGGAAACCAUGUCAUUGAAGGAGGAAGACAUUGCCAUGAUAUCCUAUAGCAACAUUUCUCCGGCAGACCUAUUUCGCAAAGCAAAAUUUCUUCUGGUGCAGUGCUUUCAUGGUGAAUCAGCUGUCGUGCCUCUGGAUUUUCUUGAGAGAAUACAUGAUGUGGAAAAGUUGGGCAUUGGAUGCAGUUAUUUCCCAGAACUAAUACCAUACCGAGGAGGAGGUAAAUACACUGGGAUAUUCACCCGCAUAAGAAAUCUAAGGCUAGAUACUCUUCCCUGGAUACAACAUGUAGGAAUCCGUGGCAGCCAAUUUGAAUCAGCUCUGCAGAAUCUUGAAAUCUUGGAAGUGUGGUUUUGUGAUGGUUUGACAAGCUUAACACCAUCCUCAGUCUCAUUUCCAAAUCUGAAAUCCUUGGAUAUAUGGCAGUGUAAAUCAUUGAAGACAUUAGUGACAUUCUCAGCUGCCAGAAGGCUGGUACAGCUCACAGAGAUGAGGAUAAGAGAGUCUGGAAUGCUGAGAGAAAUGAUUUCAACUGAGGGAGGUGAACCAGAAGAAGAGAUUGUUUUUGGGAAAUUAAGAUGUAUAGAACUUGAUGAUUUAUCAAGCCUGUAUUGUUUCUGCUCAUCAAAUUGCAGGCUCAAGUUUCCUGCACUGGAGGAAAUGAUUGUCAAUAAAUGCUAUGGGUUUGUGAUCUUCUGUAAAGGAGUCUUGAGCACACCAUUGCUGAGCAGAGUAUGGCUGAAAACAGAAUAUGAUGAGUGGCGUUGGGAGGGUGAUCUUAAUGCCACUGUAAACAUAUUGUACCAGGAAAGGCUAGCAGCGGGUACAUCCGAUCGACGCCAUAUACAAUAGUGAAACUCGAUUUUUUCAGGAAAAUAUAUGUAAAGUUUUCAAGAAAAGGAAACGGGUGAAUUCUGAACUAACCGAAAAAAGUAAUUGCUUAUUGUAAAGCAAAUGACAUGCAUAACAUGAUAGAUUUCCG